UGUCAAAAUGGCAUUUGGCAAUGACAUUUUUAUUUUUGCGUGAUUUUGGCAAUAAAAUAUAAAUAAAUCAUCAUUGUUGAGACGACACGAUGAGUUUGAUUUAAAACUCGAAGGUUAAUUUUAUGAUCAGAUCAGAAUAGCAUAAUAUUUUGGAAUUUGGACGUGGUACCUUAAUGGAAUAAUUUUAUUGGUGUACUGAACAUAUAGGUCUAUGCGUUAAUUAGUAAUUUCUGUGUCACCUUAGUCAAUAAUUAUUUGUUGAAUUAUUUGUGGGACUCGAUAAAUAAUCCAGUAUAACUUAUAAUUCAUUUAGAUUGUUUUAAAUAAGUUUCAAUUAUUUGUGGACCAAUAAUAAAACCACAAAAGAUGCAACUCACUGCGGACCCUCGGCGAGCUGAUCGUGAGCGUCGCUACAAACCUCCGCCACCGACAUCGGCCCCUGCUGAAGAUCUUACUACUGAUUAUAUGAACAUUUUGGGGAUGGUCUUUUCAAUGUGUGGCCUGAUGAUGCGGCUUAAGUGGUGUGCAUGGACUGCUGUCUUCUGUUCCAGCAUAAGCUUUGCCAAUUCAAGAGUAUCUGAUGACACCAAACAGAUUGUCAGCUCAUUUAUGCUUUCAAUAUCUGCUGUGGUGAUGUCCUAUCUGCAAAAUCCAGCACCUAUGUCUCCACCAUGGGCUGCACUGACAACAUAACAUUAACAGCAUGCAUCAAUUUGUAAAAAAAUAAAAUUUAGUAGGAUACGAAAUAA